UAAAGCAAAAAAAAAAGAAAGAAAAACACUUGUGUGAUCAUAACACUAAACACAAGUAAACAUGGGUGUGUUGAACUACUCUGUUUCCUCUGCUUCUUUGUUCCUCUUUUUCGUCUUCGCGACAAUUCCGAGCCCUCUCUUCGCUCAGAUUUUUAAGGAAUUGAGCCAUCACCACCACCACCACCGCCACCGCGGAGGUGUGCACGUGGCGCUGCCGGAGUCGGAUGUUGAAUUGCUCGAAUUCCCGUUGAACUUGGAGUACCUGGAGGCGGAGUUCUUCCUCUGGGGCGCCCUCGGCCACGGCCUCGAUGUGGUGGCGCCCAACCUCACCGAAGGCGGCCCCUCACCCGUCGGGGCCAGGAAGGCCGCCCUCGACCCCCUCAUUCUUGACGUCGUCACUCAGUUUGCGUACCAAGAAGUCGGCCAUAUCAGAGCAAUAAAGAAGAGGGUGAAGGGGUUUCCGCGACCGUUGCUGGACCUGAGUGCGACCAACUUCGCCAAGACGGUGAACAAUGCGCUCAACCGCGAGCUCAACCCGCCGUUCGAUCCCUACGCCAAUGGGCUCAACUUCCUGCUCGCCUCCUAUCUUAUCCCCUAUGUCGGGCUCACCGGUUACGUCGGAGCGAACCCGAAGCUCAAGAGUGCUCGCGCCAAGAGGCUUGUCGCAGGAUUACUGGCGGUAGAGUCGGCCCAAGACGCGGUGAUCCGGACGCUGCUGUACGAGCGCUUGCUGACGAAAGUGUAUCCGUACGACUUCACCGUUGCGGAGUUCACGAAUCGCGCCUCUCAUCUACGGAACAAGUUGGGCAAGUCGGGGGUGAAGGACGAGGGGCUCGUCGUGCCGCCCGUCCUGGGGGCGGAGGGCAAGAUCCAGGGGAACAUCAUUGCCGGCGAUAGGUACUCGACUGCCUACGACCGGACCCCCGAGGAUAUUCUCAGGAUUGUGUACGCCAGCGGAAACGCCAGCGUGCCGGGCGGAUUUUAUCCAAACGGCGCGCGCGGCCAGAUCGCCGAGUCUUACAUAAAAAGAGCUUAGAUGCAUCUGCAGUUGUAUGCUGGGGGGUUUUAUAUAGUACAUGCAUACUUGAAUUCUGGUAAUAAUAGUGGAGCCCAUGAUUUUUUUUUUUCUUUUUUCCUUUUUUGGGUGCAGAGUUAUGGAGUCCAAGGUCUUAGGUAGGUGCGUUGGAUUUUGUUUUCUUUUUUUUUUUUUUGUUUUCUUUUUUUGAUCAUGGAGUGUUGAAGUGAAGUGGUAAUAAUGUAUGUGGCCGGGCUCUGUUUGUGAGCUUAGUUGUGAGCUUA